AUGGAGCGUUAUUGGGACAUAGGAGCAUUAAAUUCGAGCCCAACAGGAGUCGAAGUCCAGAUUUCAACAGCCCAAGGAAACUGUAACAACAACGCACAGAGAAAAUACUGUAUGGGCGCAUGCAAGGACAACUCACGAAGCAGAUAUCCGAGUAUGAACCAGUGGAUAGGGGGGAUUGAGGGAAAGUUGACAAACGACUGGCGAAAGUUUAAGGAGGAUAUCGGAACGGGAGACACAGGAUUUAAAAGAUCCAAACAUCUGGGGGGCGAUAGCGUGACUUGGGGGGAUCUGUUAACGUGUGUUUUGAAAAAAAUAGGAGAAAUAGCAAGCGAAACUGAUCUUGCCAGGAGCCAAAACACCAGCCCCUUCUGGGACUGCGGGCAUUGGAAGGGAGUCACAAAUAAGAACCAGGCGGGAGUUUGGGAGGACAACAACAAUACGCAAGCGAUGUUGAUGAUGAUAACUUGUAUAAUUCUGGGGUUUAAGCAACAGUAUUUAACGGACAGGGCAGGGGCCCCAAAGAACUAUAAGGAACUCUGUGGGGUGGCUAAUGACACUUUAGCAGUCGACCCAGAGGAUUGGGAGAAGAUUCAAGACGGACGCUCAGAAGAAUUAUCAGACAAGAUAGCGAAGUGUGGUUCAGGAGGAAAUACCAAAGGGUGUUCAGCAGCAGCAUUAUCAUUAAUAUUGACUGUCUAUGAGGCUAUGAGAAGAUGUUGUGGCACCUGUCAUAGUUUUACAGUUGAUGGUUGGUUAAGGCCAGGAUCAAAUCCCAACUCAGAAACGAAGAGUUUGAAAUGGAAUAGCACCAAAAGAAGAUGGGAAUCCGACAGCACCAGUAACGGAAGGUUGAUGAUUACGGGGGGGAGUUUGGGUGUCUAUCUGCCAGAAACCAAGACAGUACAAACCGAGGACCGAUUAGGUCCAGGCCACAGCAUGGGGAGGCAGGACCAACAGGAACCCCCCCCAAAGAUAACCAGGGCGGCACCCUCCACCCAUUCACCCAUCACUGGAGGGUCAAAUACAGCACAGUCCGACCAUCAACCCCAUCCAGAGGAUCAGAACAACCUUCAGGAAAACAAAGGGGAGACAUCAGAGGCGUCAACGGCCAAGCCGCCAACAAACCACGAGCCGGUCACAUCAAGAAGGGGGGUCCAAAGCGAUUCCGGUUUCCCCCCCUCUGUAUCCAUCUCAGGAGAUAAUUCUCAUGGACAAAAUACGAACGACAGAUCCCCCCACCCCACGGCUACCCAACUAAGCCAACAUCUACCGGCAGGUUCGCGCGUCGAGGAGAAGAAUAAUAGCGUGGUACAAGGGGCCGAUCUCACGAGUAAUGAGCCCCUACAAGAAGACUCAUCAUCUCCCUGGGCCGGGAUGGCAGGGGGGAUAGCAGCAGUCGCAGGCGUUGUUGCUUCUGCAUAUGCGUAUUGGAGAAUCUUUAGUCCGGGGUCUAAGUGCGACCAGGAAGCCCUGCAGAGCAAGAAGGAGAAACUGCCCGGGUUCAAUUACGGCAGGGAUUCCCGGAAGUUGUCAGUUGGACCCCUCAAGCUCAGGAGGGCAUCAGUUGGACAUGAAAGGGGCGCAUUAUCCAUGAAGGUUUCUAGUACAGCCAUGGACGCGGAAAGUUUCGAACUAAGGGAAGGUGAGUUUCGGGCAAUGGGUGAUUAG